UAUAUUAGAGUAAAAUAUCCAUGUGUCUCAGAACUACUCAACGCGUGCUCUGCUGGGUUGAGUUGAAGAAAUAUAAAAUUGUACAACUUAAAUAGAAACUGAACCGUGUGAUAUAAUGAGUUUUUAAUCCAAUUUCUAAGUUAGCAAGGAAGAUGACCUCUUCCGGUGUUUCGGAAGACAAUUCUCAAGCGGAUCUCUCGGCUCGUGUUUCUGUGCCAUUCCCGUCGAACAGAGACGCAGAGAUAGUGUACAACUCGCUGCGAAUUGACUCGGACCCGAAGAGGUCUGGCUGCUCCAAGAAGCUUGGUUUGGAAGGAAACGUGCUCACAGUGCAUUUCACUGCUAAGGAACCGAAACACCUGAGGGUUGGCGUCAACUCUUUUUUUGACUUCUUGAUACUCGCUAUCAAAACUGUCCACCGUUUCGGCCCAGCCUCUUGAGCCUCUUCACUGUGACAUGUUUCAAUAGGCUUUUCCAACAAACAUUGCUAACAUGGCCAUCAAAACACCAGCACCUUUGGCCAGCAGGGCCAUCUAUGGCUAUGUGCUCUAUGUGUCGUGCCACUUGGGACUUGCCCUGUAUGUGCUUUGGGCAUAUAUCCCGAGUUCUUGGCUGAGGGCAAUGGGCAUCACCUACUUUCCGGACAAAGUGUGGGCCAUUGCUGUGCCUCUUGCCGGUGUUGUGGCUGUGUUGUUGUUUGGCUUCUGUCUCUACCCUGCGAUCAUUGCCUUUGCCACAGCCCCGAUGGACUCUCCAUCCACCAUUUGCGACAAGUACUCUGUUUACGAGUACAGAAAGCCACCCAUUGAUGGUGCCAUACCACCUAUCAAGGAUGUCCACAUCUCACAGGUGUGCCGAGAAUUGUAUGGGCAUUGAUGCGAGAAUUAAAAGCUCCUGUUACCAUUUUUUCAAA